UGGAGGUAGCAUAUGCUUUUUAAUUCAGUGAUAUGGACAUGUGCAGCAAUUAGACUUCUGACUGGCAGUGGUGGUCACACAUUGUGGGUCCUGAAGCAGACAUUGAGUACCCCUAUUUCAACUUAAUCUAAGAUGACAACGAGAUGUAGACAAGACAAAUGUAACGGAGAAGAGAUUCAGGUUUAAAAAUGUGUAAUUUAUGAUAAUUUACCUGCGUAUUGAGGUGUUGAUUUGAGCUGAUAUUUGAUGCAUCCAUCGCUUUUCAUAAAUCCAGGCUGCUUGGGCCCUAUCCUUUUGCAUCUUGUCUUGAGUCAUCUAUAUCACGAAACAAACUUUACUGGACGGAUACAUCAGCCAUCAUCAGUUCGAGCUCAUAUCGGGUUUUCUACAUACUCUGAUUGUCUGCCACUUCAAAUAAGCAAAAAGGAAAUUGGUAAAAUAUUGAAAGCAGGAUUGAAGAGCCAGGUGCACACCACCACAUUGGGUAUUGUCGUGCACGGCUGCUAUUCAGCACUGGGGGCAAGGGUUGGUGGAUCGCAAAUAUUCGCAAAACGUCCAAAUCUGCUGGGAGGCGACGUGUCCUGGAGAUAACGGUACAGUAUAUACAUUGACUUAAACACUCCACGUUUUGUGUUAAUUGUGAUUGUAUUAAAAAACACUUGACAUGCCAAACAACACUUAGAGAGUAAGUACUGAACUGGAAGGGUCUUUUUCAAGUUCACGAAGUCUAAAGCAUCUAAAGAGCGGUUAAAGUUUGAUUUAAAGCUUUCGUGACUGCAGGGAUUUAUAUUCUUGGUUCUUUCUUGCUGUGGUUUUCACACCUGAUGAUGAUUGCUUGUGUCGCAGUCGAAACGUCGUGAGAAUUUAAUUGUUUUAUAUUUUUUAUUAUUUUAUUGUUUCCCUUCUACGUGACUUUACCGAAAGAAACAAAGAAUAUAUAAUAUACAUCUAAAGGGCCUUCGUUGAUAAAGGCUUGUAAAUGUUUUGCAAAUAAAGACAAUGGCAAGAAAAAAAGAAACGUAUUUUUCAUCAUUUUUUCGAAGUAUAUAUGCGCUUGCGUUGCGAAGACAACGAUUAAAGACUUUGAGAUGAACGAAAAUAAUAUAAAAAGUUUACCGUAGUCGGCAGGAUUCGAACCUGCGCGGGGAGACCCCAAUGGAUUUCUAGUCCAUCGCCUUAACCGCUCGGCCACGACUACUCACGAAAUGUUAGUUGAACCACGUGAAUUACAUAGUUAACAACGGCCAUCGAAUCACCACGUGUGUGGCUGGAUGCCGUGAGAUAUUCCGUCUUAAGCAUUUGGCAGGCAGCGUGAAAUCUUCCGUUAAUCAAGGAGCGCAACCACGACUCGUACUAAUAAUUAUCUUCACCAUCUGAAUUUGUUUAUAUAUAAAGGGAAGUCCUUGAAUGAAUUAGCGAAUUCGUUUGAAGGGUUUAAGUUCAUUUCUGAGAAAAUACAUUGUGGUUAUAAAACGGUCUCUUGAAACACACGAAAGAUACGACAUGCCCGUGUUAAAUACACAGUUCAUACAUGCAUUGCGGAUCCUUACUGUCAGUUGGCCGGUUAGCUCAGUUGGUUAGAGCGUGGUGCUAAUAACGCCAAGGUCGCGGGUUCGAUCCCCGUACGGGCCACACUCGUUUUUGCAUUUUUUUCCCCCCCGCCCCCUUAAACAUUAUUAUAAUUAACAGCAUUGAUUUCGACACAACAGUAACACGUUUUGAUAAUUGACACCGCCGUUACAAUGUCAUCCGAUAUAAUUCUCACAAUAAAGAUUUUCAAGUGUUCAUUGCGAGAAUUAGCAACGCUGUGUCGCCACCUUGUGCCCAGUGUCCGUAAUUGCCUCCUGCGGGUGGACUCGCCAUCACUAAUUAACAGGCAAUCAAUGAUUCAGCUCCUGGCUUCUGCCACAAAAGCUGUCCACAGCCGUUAAGGGAGACAAAGGCGGCCGGGCGUGGUGCUGUCCACAACCUCGUGUGCCGUGCUGUGACCUUCAUCGGUUUGCGAUUGUCCGUAACACUCCCGCACAACGAAGACAAAUAACCACGUACGGGCACUCAUAAUCGCCUCGGGAGGGCGAGAGAUAUACCUGCUCGACCGAGUUUGGGGCCAUCCGUUUAGUCGGUUGGCGGCCCCUGGGCCAUGGAGGGGAUGAAGAAGGGAGACCGGGGUCCCGGGAGACCCCCCGCGGUCUCGGGCAAGAGAGGCCGGCGGGCACCUGCCCUGGGCAGGGAGGAGCUGUGUUGCUGCGAGUUCGUGAACAGGCGAGGACAGACGACUCACUUGCUGUCGUGCUGCUGUGACUGCGAGGAGCUGGACUCCACCUGCGACAGCUGCCUCAAGGGCCAGGGCGUCAGCCUCGCCUCGCUGCAUUCGCUGUGCGACGACAUCACCGACCGGAUCCGCGUGCCGCGGUGGUGCUCGGCGGCCGGCCGCUGCGGCAACGCCACCGGCACCGCCAGAGCGAACGGCGGCGCUCGCCGCCUGCUGACCCCGGCGGACGCUGCCUCCAUCCUGCCGGUGCUGCUGCUCCCGGCCGCCCUGCGCGUCGCGGCGCUCCGCCCGGCCGCCACCCUCGCCGCGGCGGUCGCGGCGCCCGCUCUGCUGCUCGCCUACUUCCUCGCCACGCACCGCCGCCGCCGCCGCUCCCCCUUCUUCCUGCGACUGGGCCUCGCCUCGCUGCUCUUCCUCUACGCCGUGUUCUCCUGGGAGCUGUGGUGGCGGCGGCGGCGGCGGUGGUUCCGAGACGCGACGGAGAUGGCGGUGACGAGCGGAGGAGGAGGAGGAGGAGGAAUCGGCGACGGACAGUGGCUGUGCGUGACGGCCCUCUUCGUGGCCGUGCUGCUGCUGCUGCACUGCUCACGGCGCGACCCGGGAUACCUGGAUCCCAGCGACGCCGAGGAAGGGGCGGCUGGCUCUCCCGGUAGCGAGCGUCGUGCCUGUGAGGUGUGUGGCGCGAGGCGCCCUGCGCGGGCCGGGCAUUGCCGCGUGUGCGAUCGCUGCGUGCGGAGGUUCGACCACCACUGCGUCUGGAUCGACAGCUGCGUGGGCGAGGGGAACCACGUGUGCUUCGUGGCGCUGCUGGCGCUGUUCGUAGCCACGGUGUGCGUGGGGCUCGCGCUGGCGCUGCCGCUCGUCUGCCCCGGCUCCCCGCUCGCGCUGGCGCUCGUCUACUGCCCGCGUGCCUACGAGCGCUCCGAGGACGCGCUGGUGUACGCGUGCGCCGUGUACGCGGCGCUGUCCGCCGUCUUCGUGUCGCUCCUCCUCUGCGUGCAGCUCUCGCACGUCGCCCGCAACAAGACGCAGCGCGAGGCCACGCUGGCGGCGCGCGGGGGCCAACGCCACGGGGGCCACCGGAGCCACGACCGCGGGGUCGUGCGGAACUGCAGGGAGUUCCUGAUGCUGGGGCGCGAGCGAUCGCGAGGGAAGAGCGCGGCGGAGAUCGUGUGACGGAGUGGGUCGUUGAGCGGGCGGGCGGGCGGGCGGGCGGGCGAAUCGACCGAUGGCUUGGCCAGCAACCGCGCCCGGCCGCCUUUGCCUCCCAAGCUAAGGUGCUCUUGAGAAACCUAGGUUGCAGUGCGGUUGCUCAAGACUCCUAAAGCAACUGUCAGGAAAGUGAUGAAGUUUUACGGGAAACCACCAAGUCGAAUACAGACACAUGGACAAACACGAAGACGGACACACAUACGAAUCGGACACACGGGCAAACACAGAGGCACACGUGAAUAAGACGACCCCCCAGCAAGUGCUGUUAGCGAGUAGCACCAAUGGCGAUGUUUACACAUCGCUUCGGGCAGUCAUUUGAGGCUGAGUCGACCUAGGGUGAGCGGGUUCGUUACGCAACAGGAGAUGACAGAUUCCCCCUUGCUUGCAUGAACGGGGAUACACACUUAACUUUUUGACUUCAUAUUUUACUUUCUUAAAUCAAAGCUGUUUCUUACCAUUUUCUAGAGAUUCCACAUUUUAGAGUAAGGUGCCAGUCAACCCCAUGACUUCCCAAAAGUUGUGGCACUCAUUUUAUCGACCCCGAAAGGAGUGAUGGGCUAACCAGAACUCUAUUGGUUCCAAAAGAAAAUACUAUGGAGACCUGGAAGACAACCAUCGUGAAGAUCCAUGUGUUGAUUGGUGUAAUUGCAAGCGUGCAAUUAGCUUUGUUCGACAUAUUGACUCCAUCUGGAGUGUUAUUCAGUUGAAGCUUUUAGAUUCAAUGUGCUCUCCUUCGCAGGAAUAACGUGACUAACACUUUUACAAAGCAAGCACUUUCCGCAGCUGAUUAGAAAACGCUUCUGCCAGAAAAGUGCACACCGGACAGAAACAAAUGAAUAAUGAUUAUUUUCAAAAUCAGUUCAAGGUUCCCAUAAAUCACGUGGCUUCUGUGUAGCCACCGGCACUCUGAAUCUCUCCCCUACCCCCAAAUAUUAGUUUUUUUUUUCACUCCUGUGAUGUAAUUUGUCUCGGGUAAAUAUUUUGCUAUGCUUUGACACUCGUCAGUGGAGUGCAGCCACCAUUGUGCCUCACGGGGAGAUUCUGAGCGACCCGUUUGUCCAAUGGGGGACAAACUGUUACACGUUUAAGCGUGCUGUACGUACAUAACACAUUUCCUUGAAUGGUUUAUUAUUAUUUUCAAAUUUACAAGCACACAGUG